UCUCUUUUUUAUCUUUAAGCAAUCAAGAUUCAACUUUCCCACAGAAAAAAUCAUGAACUAUUUCACUUUCAUUUUACGAUUCUUUUCUCUCUUUCUCCUUUUGUCGUCUCUUUCAUUUUUGGUCUCUGCUUCUGAGUCUGACACUUCUAAACUCUUCCAAGACUGGUGCAAACAACAUGGCAAAACGUAUCCUUCAGAAGAAGAAAAACGUUACAGGUUCAAGGUGUUUCAAGAUAACUAUGCUUUUAUCACACAACAUAACCAAAUGCAAAAUUCCAGUUAUACCCUCUCCCUCAACACUUUCGCAGAUCUCACUCAUCAUGAAUUCAAAACCACUCAUCUUGGUCUUCAACCUUCUUCGUUGCUAAAGUUCAAAUUCAACCGUUUUCAAGAUCAUCAAUCCGAUGAUAAUAAUGAUGUUCUUCAAGUUCCUUCUGAGAUUGAUUGGAGAAAUAGUGGUGCUGUUACUUCUGUCAAAGACCAAGGAAGAUGUGGUUCUUGUUGGUCAUUUUCGGCAAUCGGUGCUAUUGAAGGGAUAAAUAAAAUUGUGACAGGUUCUCUUGUAAGCCUUUCUGUACAAGAACUAGUAGAUUGCGAUACCACUUAUAAUAGUGGUUGUCAUGGUGGAUCCAUGGACUAUGCAUACCAAUUUAUCAUUGACAACAAAGGGAUUGACACCGAGGAAGAUUAUCCAUAUUACGCUCGUCAAGUACGUUGCAAAAAGGACCAGUUAGAAAGGCGUGUUGUUACUAUUGAUGGUUAUACUGAAAUUCCUCCAAACGAUGAGAAAAAACUACUAAAGGCUGUUGCAGUUCAACCUGUCAGCGUAGGCAUAUGCGCUGGUUCAUGGGCUUUCCAAUUUUACUCAGAGGGUAUCUUCACUGGACCAUGUUCAACUUCUAUUGAUCAUGCAGUGUUGAUUGUAGGAUAUGGUUCGUUAAAAGGAGAAGAUUAUUGGAUUGUGAAGAAUUCCUGGGGAACAUAUUGGGGAGAAAAAGGUUAUGUAUACAUGUUACGAAACACUGAUAAUUCUGCAGGGUUAUGUGGAAUAAACACGAUACCUUCAUAUCCAACCAAAACCAGUCCUAAUCCUCCUGUCCCACCUCCGCCAGGUCCUGUAUGGUGUGAUGUGUUUACUUCCUGUUCACGCGGGGAAACAUGUUGUUGUGCCACGGAAUUUCUUGGAAUAUGUUUCUCUUGGAACUGCUGUGGUUUAACUUCUGCUGUCUGUUGUGAAGACAAACGUAGCUGUUGCCCACAAGAAUAUCCGAUUUGCGACACAAGAAUUGGCCAAUGUCUUAAGAGAAUUGCAAAUGGGACGACGAUAACAAUGCCAACUGAUAAAGAAGACACUUUCUAUCAGAAAAGAGACUGGAGUUCUCAUUGAGUAUUUAGCGUUUAAAUCGUUCUUUUGUAUUGUUGAAUCCUUCCAACUGGAAUUCAGUCUGUAUUACUCUGAGUCAUCAUAUUUCUAGCAGUCAAUCAUUGUAUGGGAUAUUGAUAGGUUAGGGAAUGCUCGUAUGAUCCGAAUGUUAGGGAGGAUGCAUCUGUGUUUUUAAAUGUAUUCCUCGCGGUUUUAUUAGCAGAGUUGUUAAAUCAAUACUGUAUUGUGUCUCAUAGAAAUAGUUUGUGCCAACUUAUAUUGCUUCUUAAGAGUUAGCUUAGAGUUACACAUGCCGCCUUGUUGUGGACUGCAAGAUAGUGAAUAUGGGAUGAAUUGUAUUCCUUGAUGACUUAAUUGAACUAUAGUUUGUUGUGCUCCUCAAACCUGAACAACUUGAAUUUCAUCAUUAAAUGAAAUUUUUGCCAUCAACUUAAUUAGUGUUCUGUUUUUCCAAAUCAAUUUUAGAUCCGAAACCAUUAUUUUUGUUCAAAUAAAGAAAA